AGGUUUUUCUCAUACUCUUUGGUAUUAAAUGGUGGUACGCAAAAUAUUCUUUACCUAACGAAAGUGAAAAAAUAUUCUGGUGGGUUUAUGAAUCUACUAAAUAACCAAAAUUUAAUUAAUAUGGAAAUUACUCGCGCUACCCUUGGAAUCGCAGUCGGUAUAGCCGGAACACUAUUUCUAGGCUAUUGUGUUUACUUCGAUCAACAGAGACGUAAGGAUCCCCAGUUCAAAAAGAAGUUGAGGGAACGAAGACAGAAAGCACAACAGAAUGCAUCACGAUCUCGCACAUUAGGUGGCCCCCUGCCCGACAUGAGUGAUCAUGAAGCCAUGCAAAGAUUCUUCUUGCAACAGAUUCAGCUUGGUGAAGAGCUGCUGGCUGCAGGUGAUCUGGAAGCUGGUGUUGAGCAUCUCGGACAAGCUGUCACUGUAUGCGGACAGACACAGCAACUGUUGAGUGUACUUCAACAAACCAUGCCAGCUCCGAUCUUCCACAUGCUUCUCAAGAAGCUUCCAGAAGUUUCUGAACGUCUUCGCGCUUCAAUGAAAGCCAACAGCAGUUCUUUGCAUGAAGAUGAUGUGGAAUAAUCACAACUUGUGAGAAGUAGGUGACAUCUAGAAAUGUUGACUUCUUUACUUGGCCUAUAAAUUAAGUUUGAUUUAAUCAUUUCAUUAAAAAUUUAAUUUUCACUUACACUUAUUUUUGAAAUUACUACUGAAAAUGUUUUGCCACAUUACCGUUUUCUUUUAUAUUGUUUUAUACUAAUUUUGUUUAUAUUUUUAUUUAAUCUGUAUUGAAAUUGUAUUUCUUGCCAGCAAUAAAUCUAAAGUUGUCACAGACGAGAGAUAUUUUUUCAAAGGCCAUUUUGAAUUUGAUUGAAUGCAAACCAAAUGUAGGCAUGAAGAAGGAAAUUUGUUCAUAAUUGUGUAGAAAUUUGUUUUUUUUAGGUAACUUUAGUUUCAAAAUUGACUGUAAGUGUUAGGCUAUAACCAAAUAAAAUCCGAUUUUUAUUUAACGAAAAUGUUUUUAUUUUUUUGGGUUUUAGAAAGUAAAUUUUAUUUUACUUUUGACGGUAU